CGAGUGUAAAAUAUCUGUGAGUCACGCCGCCGUCUGCAUAAUUGUUUUCCGUCACUGUGCUCGUGUAAGCACCUAAAGCGCGUCUUUCAUAAGGAAAUGGACGCUCCGUUUGUUUUGUCUCCUUUUGACAUAUCGCUCAGCUGUGCUUUAGGCGAGUUGAUUUGAACGCAUUGUUGGAGAAAAGACCUCAGGUUGAAAAGAAUAUUACAAAAAGGACUUUCCACAUAUAAGUGUGGAUUCUUGCUUAAUACUUGCUAUUUGAAAGUGGAUGAAGUAUUGAAUUUAGGACAAUAUUUCGGCAAUUCAAAGAUCAAAGAUGUCGAGUAACACCACUUCCAGCGCGACCGGUGAAGAGAAAACUUCAGCUGCUGUCGAUGAUGUCGAAUCGUCUUCAAUUACCGCUCUGUCACAUCAGAUGUCAGAUUCCUCUUCGCAACCUUCGAGUUCUCAAGGUAUGAUAAUAUUACAUUAUUCUUUUACUGGUAAGACAAAGGCAAUUUAUUUUGGCUAUUUUCUCUUUGGCACGUUAAAAUUUCGAGGCUUGUCUUGUUAUGUUACUGCAUAAUUAACUCAGUCUUUGUACUAAAGGCUGUUUGUCUCAGGUUUUGUUGAACUGAAAGGCAGUGUUUCGUCUACCUGAGAUAUUGAAUUACCUUUUUCAUGUAAUCCCUUACAUAAGAUGUAUAAAAUCUAUUUUAGUUUUGUUUAAUUUUUGGCUCAGAUUUGCUAUGACACGAGGGAAGUUUUUGCGGCCAUUAUUCCACACGCUUGAAGAGUUUUACUUGUCACGUUUUCUUCUGGUAGUCACAAAUGUCAUUUUUCCUAAUCAAAGAAGCUAAUGUACAUCACAUUUAAAGGCUACUUCAUUAAGAAAGGUCCUUUCCUCUUUUUCUUGCCGUUGAUUGCCGUCUUUUAGGUUUAUCGUGAUUUGUCAUGGAAUGAAUUCGUGUAGUUACUGCGAAGAUCGCAUGACAAGAAAUGAUAUUUAAUUUGCAUAAGUUCGGUUCAUGUCGAUAACAAUUUGCCAACGCUCACGAAAAAGAAAAAGUUUGACUCGAUUGCCGUUUCGAAAUGUUUAAUUGAUAAAAAGUAGAAAAUAGGCAUCAAUUUAGUGCUGUGACGGCUAUAUCUAUACAUUAGAUAUUUAGGUUCCGUCGCGUUAACUCAAUCAAGCUACGACUAUAGUAGGCAUGCAUAAUGAAUAUUUCCACGAAUGUUACUGCCUUCAUCACUGGCAAAUGUUUUUUCGAUAGAAAUGAUUUUUCAAGAGGUGGGAAUUGCACCCAAGGCUUAACUUUCACCUUGUCUGUUUUUCUUCGUCACUCAUUUGAAAUAAGGUUGAAUAAAUUUAUUUAAUUAAUUUAUUUGUUGUUUAAAAUUAGUCAUUCUUUUAAUGCAACUGCAAAUGCACAAAACCUGCCCUAAAAUAUAAGAGGUAUGAAACCUAAGAUAAUAUACUCCUCCUAAAAAUUGGGUUGGUUAGCAUAACAGUAACAACUAAUACAAGUCAAGUCUAACAGAUAAGCAAUGUUCAGUGUUCAUCAUGUACCGGUACUUAAAGAAUGUUCACUUUUCACAUAUGAGUCUGCAUGGUGGUUUCCUCUCUUGACUCGGGUACCUCGGUGCUGGGUGUUGUGGCAAUGGUGCCUCUGAGGAACUUGCUCCCUCUAAAGUGUUGCCCAACAAUGAUUAUGGUGACACCUUGGUUGUCUCCUGUUCCUCCACAUCACCUGCAUCCGGAACUCCUCCUGCCUUGGAUGUACUAACCAGUCAGGCUCAGAGGGACUCUGCAAUCCACUCUGUACUUCGGCUUGGGAAUUUAGCAAGUUUCCUGCAUAAUAUUAUCUUCCUCUCCCUCCCAAGAGCUUGAAGACUGGAUGCAGCGAGCAAUCUUGAAAUGGUCCACAUGAACAAAUCGUACUUGGCUCUCACAGCAAACUAGGAAAGUGCGUGGACCUUUCACAAUGAGUGACCAGCCAAUUACGAACCAAGACGACUUCUUGCAACUUGAACUCUCGGAGCUUUGCUCGUCCUUCAUCAUGGCGCUUUCUCUACUGCUCUGUUGAGGAUGGGUUUCAGUGAUGUGAAACAGUUCCUAGUCUGUUGUCCCAAAAACAGUUCAAUGGAAGAUUGCCCAGUGACAGUGUGUAAGGUGUGCUAUGAUUCAAAAUAAAAAAGUUGACCAGCUCAUGUUCCAGACUGAGGGUAUUUGUUUUGCCAUCUAGCAAAAAACCGCCCUGGUGGUCUGGACAGAACGUUCACCAGCUCCAUUAGAUGCGUUGUGGUGGGGUGGAACCUGGGUAAACCUGACUCUGUUCUGCCUCCAGAAUUAAGAGAACUAUUCAGAUGCUAGCUGUGGCCAGUUGUCUGAAACCAUGUCUUCUGGUAUUCCAUAGUAAGCAAACAAUGUGCGCUAAACCUCAAUGGUUUUCAAGCUGGUCAAGGAACUCAUGGGAAUUACCUCCAACCACUUGGAAUAGGCAUCAAUAACAAUCAAGAAAUUCAACUUGCCCUUCUCAGAGAAAUUAAUGUGGAUAUGCUGCCAUAGCUUAGCAGGCCAUUUCCAAGGGUGAAAUGGUGCCCUUGAAGGGGACUUGCCCAAUGCAGCACAAAGAUGACAUUGCUGAACCCUCUCAACUAUAGCAGCAUCCAAUCCUGGACACCAAAAAUAACCCUUGACCAGCAAUUUCAUAUGGCAGAUUCCAUGAUCCUCUUGGUGCAAGUUAUCCAACAGACAAAUACAGAAUACCUCUCGGGAAUAACCACAUGUAAACCCUACAAUACACAGCCUUAGUCAACAGAAAGUUCUUGCUUUAAUGAAAAGUAAGGCUCCCGGGGGGGGGGGGGGGGGGUACUCCCAUAUAGGGGCUAAAUAGGUAGGUGCCGCGGGGAGGGGAGGGGUUUUGAGGCAGUUUUCCUUGGGGAGGGGGUUUAAAAAAAGGGGGUUGGGCUGUGAAAUGGGGGAUAUUUUUUGAGGAAACUAAAGGGGGGAGGGGUACUGCCAUAUAUGGGCUAUAUAGGUAUGUGCCGCUGUGAAGGGUAUGGUUUUCAAGCAGUUUACUCUAGGAUAGGGUAUAUAAAUCAGAGGGUUUGGCUCUAGAAUAGGGUAUCAUUUUUCAGGAAACUGAUCAGUUAGUUGAAGAUUUUAUCUAGACUAGGGAAACAGCUACUCUAGGAUAGGGGGGUUUGGGGAGUUUACUCUAGUAUAGGGUAGCAAAAUUCAGCUGAACUAGCUCUGGUAAAGGUUAAGGGUUCCAGGCUCCCAGCGGCACAUCCCCACCCAGAAAUUCUUAAAGUGCCCACCCCCCGGGGUAAGGCUGCAACACUGGAUCAUCUAAUGCUUGAGGCCAUCCAUGCAAAGUGAAGUCGUACACACAAGCUAAAAUGGGUCUUUUCUAGUUGUAGCCAUGAUAUAUUGGGCUGUAACUGGAGGGUCCUCCAGGCAACUGAUGAAAUAUACUUUUUCCUUGUCCUCUUGUUCUUCUAAAGACACCCGUACAAGUCUUGACAAGCAUCUGCAUUCGCAUGUUCAGCAGACUUCCUAUACUCAAUCUCAUACUGAUAAGCUGCUAAAAUCAAACGCCACCUUUGCAUCCUUGCUGUGGCCAGUGGGGUACACCAGUCUUCGGCCCAAGAAUCAUGACUAGCAGCUGAUGAUCCGUAAGCAAUGUAAACCUCUGACCAGUGGGGCAGGGAGUGAUGAUAUUUGGGACUAAGUAACAAUGUCCUCACAACUUGCAAAGCAGUCACCUUGCAUGGUGUUCAGCGGAUGAUUGCAGUGUAUUUUUCACAAUGUAAAUAUUUCAGAGGCGAGAAGGGAACCUGCAGAGGAAAUAAUUCAAUCAUUGGAAACAUAAUAUCAUGCCUCCUUGUUUUUCUCACAUAUUGCAUUUGUCCUUUGGUAUUGAAAUUGCAAAACGGAAGUGACACUCUGUGCAACCAUGUAAAUUCUUAACUGACAACAACGCUCGGUGGACUAUCGAUCUAGUUUAUAGGUAUUUUGUCGGGUGAGGAGAAUAUCAUAGAAGUUAUGAUGCUCAUUUAUGGGGAAUUUAAAAGUCUAUUCACGAGAGCUUUGUAAACAUGAGCUUACAUGCCUAAUAUUAAACAGAUUCACAUUUCAUAACAGUGAUAACAUUUCACUUCGUCUAUUACCAUCAUUCAACACCUUAAAUUCAAAGUUAAAAGUUAAGCAACCCUAAUAUACAAAUUACAUCUAUUGCUGAAAGCUCUGUACCUUGAAGUGACCUUAACUUUCCUUAGGUUUGCAACAAAACACUACUCGAUAUCUUAACUCUCUGGCGGUUGUUUCAGCUAUAUGGAGCUCUAUGUUGCAUAUUCCAAACUCUGCAGAGGAAGACCGUUUAAAGGAAAAAGCAAAACUCACACUAUGUCUGAAAAGCAAAAAAAGCAUUAAGCACUACGUUUGAAAAGCAAUAAAGUUGCAAAUUACCAAGAUAUAAUAGUGAGAAACAAUCCCCCCUUUGACCUCCAUGAUUUUGCUCGUUCUCAAAAGUGUUGAUCUUUGGUUUAUGAUGUAAUGCACAAAUCCAUUUUGUUUUCAUUUAAGAGAAUGUAUUGGAAGUAGCUUCCCCCUGCCUCUGACCAUACAGAUACAAAUGGAACUUUUUCACUCCAAACACAAUGAAUAAAGCCUCUUUCUCUAUUUGGGAAUAGUUUCGCUCACUAGCUGUGAGAGUUUGAGAGGCAAAAGUGAUAGGCUUUUCCUUGCUUUUCUCCAUAACAUGGGAGAACCUGAUGCUGUGCUCUUGUAAGUGCCUGAAAACCUCCUCUAGGAUUGCCAAAUGUUGCUCAGGGGAACCCCCUGAAAUCAGGAUGUCAUCCAAACAGCAAACUGUGAACUUAACCCCCUGCAAAAGCUGAUCCAUAAUCCUUUUUAAAAAAGCUGGUGUACUGGAGACUCCAAAUGACAGCCAUUUGUAACCGGUACAAACCCUUGUGUGUGUUGAUUGUUUGGCACUUCAGCAAAUCCUCAUCCAGCUCAACCUGCUGAUAGGUGUGAGAUAAAUGAAUCUUGGUAAAUACUUGUACCCCGGCUAACGUUGCAAACAAAUCUUCUGUAUUAGGUAAAGGGUACUGGAUGACAUUAGCACAUUUGUUUACUGUCAUAUUGUAGUCGCCACACACUUUCAGUGAACCAUCUUUCUUGGGGACCAACACCACUGGGCAGCCCAGUCACUUUGACUUACUUUGUAGAUAAUCCCUUGAUCCUCCAGUCUCUGUAGCUCCUGCUCAACCUUUUCUUUAAGAGCAUAUGGAAUGGGUCUUGCUUUCAGAAAGAUGGGCUGUGCACCAGCCUUCACAGACCUGAAUGGAUCCGAGGCUUUAUACAGCUUGAUGUUUCGAUACCCCCUCUCAAACAGGGCUUCAUAUUUAGCAAGGAUAUCCUCCACAGCAGGCACUUGAGACACCUUGAAGGUGGUGGACCAAUCUAUUUUCAAUUUCUCAAGCCAGUUCCACCCAAGCAACACAGCUUUUCUCCUUGAGCCACCAACAGAGAUAGUUGCAUUUCCUGGGUCUGAUACUGCACAGUAGCUUGAAGUUUUCCCAACAAGGGUAACGACUCACCAGAAUAUGUUUUCAAGUGGAACUACAUUGGCUGCAAUUUGAGAUGCCUAAACAACUUCUUGUGCUCCACCUCAGAGAUGAUGGACACCACUCAUCCCGUGUCAAUUUCCAUGCUGACUUGCUUACCCUCCAACAAUAACUGAACUUGAAACCCUCAUCCACCUUGUCCUUUAGACUUGAGAGUUUACAAUCCCAGUCCAGGCUGCUCUUCAGUAUUACUCAUAGGUGAACCAAAGAUUGCACCAUCUCUUUCUUAUCACACAUCUUAGCAAGGUGACCCUUAGUGUGACCCUUGCAACAUUAAACCGACCUAGCCCUGGACCCUGAUGGAGAAUGCUUUCCACCACAAAGAAAACAACUCAUGGCUUCCUCAUUUCGAAUGCCCUGGACUGGCAUUUUUGCUGACCUUAUUGACCAUAUUGUCCACCAGUACACUGGCAUCUCGAAAAUCCUCUUUGUUGGCUAACUCGAUGGAUUGUGCUGUUUCAAACAUUUUCUUAAAUGUCAACUGUCUCUCUCUGCCAACAACUUUGUCUGAAUUUGCACGCUUUUCGAUCCGAAAUGAGGCCCCGUAAUGAGGUCCCCUAACGCGCCUUCCAAAAAAGUUCUAAACUCACACCUCAACGCCAGUUGCUUCAACUCACCUACAAACUGAGGGACCGUUUCACUCUCAUGCUGGUUCAGACUAUGACAUUUAAAACGUUUGGUGAUCAAAAUAAUUUUAGGCGAGUAAGGUGAAAUCAUAAGCUCUUUCUUCAUUUCAAUGAAAGACUUACCUUUCAGACAUCCAGGAGCUAACAAAUUCUGCAGCACACCAUAUGCAUCUUAUCUAACUACGCUAGAAACGCUUGGAUAUAAUUCUCUGCAAAAUACAAUUCCACUCACUCGAUAUAACUUGCAAUAUCUUCUUUACCGCCUACUUACUCUCCAACUUGAACUGCAAGCACUAUCCUUAUCGCCGAAAAUGUAAUAUUUAGGUCUUAAGCAACAGGACAAACAAACCAUAUGCGUGAAUCAUUCUUUUAAUGCAACUGUGGAUGUGCAAAACCUGCCCUAUAAAAUAUAAGAGUUCUGGAACCUAAUAUAUUACAAAAGGAAUACUUAGCACAUCAAGGAAAUUUAUGUCACGAGUUUAAAGGAAGUGUAGAAAGUGUCACCAAUUCUAUGAAUGGCUGCGGUUUCGUUUAUGAACUCAAUUGCAUUACACAUUGUUGAAGUGGUGGCAUGACAUGUAUUUUAUAUAAACUAGGGAACACAAAGCAGUCAUUCCUCUUUAAUGUAGCUGUUCACUUCAGUCUUUCACACCAGUCAUUUAAAAAUUUUGUUCAAUUAUUUGAGCUCAUCUAUUAGAAAACUUCUUUAAGCCAUCCAGCUGUUUGGCCACUUCAUUUUGAAAUGCUUGGCUAGCUGUUUCUCUCCCAUUCACUUGCUGUGCAUGCCAUUUCAAACAGAUACCUUAAGGAAUGUUUUCGUGUGAAAGGUUACAAAAUUUUUAGACAGAUUUGAAGUUUCUACAAGUAACCAUUUUGCAAAUCCAGUGAAAUAUAGAUUUUAUCAUUCUACUCAACGAUAACAAUUUCUGCAGAAAAUGUUCUUCAGUGUUCAGAGUCCAUGGUAUCAUCAACACCCUCAGAUGACAGUCAAGGGAACUCACAGCCAGUGUCCAUGGAUGGUACAAAUGUGAACAAAGCUGACACAACAGGUGUGUGUGAUCCUGAGCCCAGCAAAAGUGUGCGUCUUACAGAGUUUGUCAUUUAUUAACAGAGAUGUAGCUAAGGAAAAGCUAAGCAGGCUUUUUUAUCAGUCAAGCUGCACCUUCAAAGUUACCCCAAGUUGUUGAUUUUCAGAGCAAUUUGAGCCAGUGCUAGGGUCUUUUUCAGCUGCUGAAAUUAGCUGGCAUCUGGCUCUUAGGGACAUCCAACCUGUAUUAAGUUAAGGUUACUGUAUACCUUCAGGCACGUCUCAUGUGCAAGUGGUAAAGUGCAUUCUGGUUAAGCUGAAGAUACCUAAAAUCCUAUUUCAAAUUAAAGUGUAUUGAACUGGCAAUAUUAUUAGAUAAACCUACAAUCCUUUAUAACACUUGCAUUUUCAAUUUUUAAUGAUUUUUUAAUGUGAGUGUCUGGACCAGCUUUUGAAAGCUUAAAAUCAAGGGGAAUUUGUUUCAUUGACCUAGGAUUUUGAGGAAUGUUUGUCUAAUGUGUAUGCAUCAGGCUUUUAGCCAGACAUUGAAAACUGGCCGUCCAGAAGGCAUGUUUUUCCAAAACGUAUAAGAGAUUAGGUGAAUUUUCCUUGUGUUUCUUCCAAAAAUGGGCGUCCAUAGGACGGCUGGACACCCUUCUGGCUAAAACCUUGGUAUGCAUGCAACCAAACCUGUUAAGGAAUUUUUUUGUUUUGUAAAACGUUUUUAUUGAGAGACAUUUUUGUGUGAUUCCAUUUUUUUAGCCUUUUUUCCCAAGUUUUUCUGUAAAUUUUCAUUGCAAUCAAAAAUUGCAAAAUCCCACUCAGCAUGUUUUUAUUAACACUUCAACUUUGAAAUACUAGAACAAAUCCUUUUUUGUGAAAAACAAAAAUCACUUCAAGUUUUAGCUUUAGCUUGUCCUUGCACUUUUAUCUUUACCCUUUCUGGCUGAGUGUAUAACUCCUCAUCAUAAAAAAGUUAAAAUACACAGUAAAGGGAUAAAUCAAUUCUGUAGGAACUCUGUGUUCAGCCACCUUGUUGCUCAGAGGUGAAUCAGCAGUGGAUAUCCUGAGUAUGAAUAGCCAAUCACUAAAGUACACUCAAAAAACACUAUCCACUGUUUCAGUAUUUACUAAUUAAAAAUAAUAAAUAAAAUAUAUCAAACCAAUUGGUGUCUCCGGCUCUCUGUGCAAUCCAAGCACAUUCUGCACACUCAAUGUGAGAAAUGAAAUAUUCUUGCGGUGUUAAGAUUUGAUUUAGUUCAGACCUCACAAGGCUUUAUAGGGGGUUAAUUAUAUCAAAAUUGGGUUCAGACACUUUUAUUGAGAAUCUUAAAAAACUCAAAGUUGCACGUUUUUAAAAAAUUGUUGGUAUAUUAAGAUAGCCAGGGCAAUAAGCUUGGGUGUUUCUUGAUGUUGUGGAAACUUUUGUAGUUUUGCUUUUGUGUUGUGUUUUGGGUAUUGUUCAGUGUCUUUUUGAUCUUUUGUAUCAUGUCAUUUGGUGAUCGUCUACAGCCAUCUACAACACAACCAAGAAACUACCAUAAGCUUUAAUUAAUUUAAUAUAUAAAGUUAGGUAUGUUUAGUUUAACCAGAAUGCGCAUUGUCUCCUACAUGCGAGACACCCCUGAAGGUAUCUGCUAAACCUUAAAGAACAGUAGCAGUUAACUCUAGGUCAUGGCCAAAGAAUGACCAAGAUCAGUUUUCUCCUACCGAUAUCAAUAUACAAAGUCAAAAGAAGAGGUCAUAAGAAUUUAUAAAAAUGAUCAGCAAAGAGAAAAUGCUUUGAUCCUUUAUGGAGUUCGGUCUAAAGAUGUUGGGGCUGAAACGGUGGUUCAGUGUUUAGUAAUGCGACGAACUCUAGAUCCAGUGGCUGCAUGGACUUUGAGCUUUGGCUGUGCCAUUGCAUUGUUUCCUAAUUAUAUAAUGCUUGCAACUUUAGCCUUUUACCAUAAUGUCUCUUCCCAAGUGUAGGGUAAGGGUGCAGUUAACAUUAAUAUGAGGGUGUUUAGCCAGUAAUAGUAUCUUAGUUAGGGGCCAGUUUCAGUGAAUGUCAGACAUAACUGCUGUCAUCUAUGCAUGGAACUUGAUACAGGUUGAGAUAGAGCAGUAAAAAACCCUGAUCUCUGUCUGUCAGUUGUCAGUGCUUGGAUUACAUCACCUUAAACCCACUUGUGGUAGUGAAGAGUGAUUAACCUGGAGGCCUCUGCUAAGGAUCACUGCUGUUAUAUGCAGAGCAAUGAUAAGGCAUUUUGAGGGUACUGUUUAUGACAACUUGUUUUGCCCAUCAAUAUAUUGGUGUUUUAAUUUGUUUUUAGAAGUGCCCACAAGCAGUGGAAAGCAAGAGAGGACAGAGUCAGAAACCACCCCCAUAACAGUAGGGCCCUGCACACCAGACAAACCCCAUGUGUCAGCUUCAAAUGGUCUUCAUUACUCUCCUGGAUUCUUAGCUACCAGUAAUCUUUCUCAGUUAGCAGAACUUGCAGCUAAUAAGUCAGCCAUGAAUCAGACAGCACCAAACAGUGUACAAACACCUACUGCUCAGCCUCAUCUGCUUGGAAACCAAAGUAGAUUUGUUAUUCCCACUCAAGGAAUCACCCCUGGUAUGUUUGGAGCGUACCAAACCUCACCCAUUGUGCAAUAUCAUGGCUUUACCCCAUCUCCUGCUACCCAGGUCCCAUCGCCAUUUGUCAAGGGCUCUAUCAUUCAGCUGACAAGUGGAGAGUUAAAGAGAGUUGAAGAUCUUACAACAGAAGAUUUUGUUCACAGCACAAAGCUCUAUCCAGAUCACAAAUUGGAUACCAGCACUGUAGUGAAAAUAGAGGAUGGUACAGAUGCAGGAUGCACACAUAUAACCUUCACCAUCAACAGUUCAAAAAAACAGGUACUGUAAUAUACAGGUUAACAAGCAAGUUCCAGCUUGUAUAGGCUUAUCACUUUGAUGUAUUGAGAGUGUUGUCUAGUAGAGUCUCCUUCCAAAGGAGAAACUUGGGGUUGGGAGACUUAUUACUCUGUUACAUAUUGCUAGGUGAGGAUGUCGCUUAACUAUGGUAUCACUGUUGUUGAAUUUGAAUAUGUCACUGUAGGCUGAAAUGUCCUCCCAAGUAUCCAGAACUUUUCAUUGAGCAAAUCAAUUGUAGAUGCUUAAACAUUGUCAGUGGCAGACUGCACUGUCAUUUGAUGUAGCCCAGUAUUCAAUUUAAUUACCUUUUUUCGGUAAAAUAUGCACAAUUUCCUUAAGUUUCUGUCUUUUAUUACUGUUAUAUUAAGUUACCCAGUUUAAAUGCUUGUAUGUGUUACAGGUUAAAUUUGAUUUCAGGUUGAAAUGUUUUUAACUGAAAAUGAUUCUGGUGCUAGGAGACAGAGGAAAUUAAGAGUCAAGCUUGGUACCAUUGAAAGGCCUCCAUAAGAGAGGCUGACGUGUCAUGGCUUAACUCUGGUGGCCCUCGUCCUGAGCUUUAAAAUGUUUGGUAGGGCAAAUGUUUCUAGUUGAAAUAAGAUGCCUUUGCAAGAAGGGAUCACUAUUUUGUAAUUUCUUUUGGCAGGUAACUCUAAACUGCCCUGUGGAGCACCCAUUCUUUGUGUAUGGCCAAGGUUGGACGUCCAGUAGACCAGACCAGUCCCUUGCUAAGUAUAAUCUGAGCUGUCAGGCUCUCAAGGUUGGUGAUGUGUGCAUAUUUCUUUCUCCUUCUGCAGUUGGUGUUCUUCCAAGUGUUCCAUCAACCCAAGCUACUCCAGCUGCACAGUCUGGGACUUUGUCAGUUCCAGCAAAGGGAGCCAUAUCUGUCAGUAGCACAAGUCAAACACCAAGUUCUGUUACAGUGUCCUAUGCACAAACUCUUGCUGGAAUGGCAGCUUUACCAGGCAACAUGCAAGGUGUUGUUGUAACAUCCUCUCUACCAGCUGGCAUUCCUGCAAUAUAUCCAGGAACAUUUCCACCGCCUCAGGGAAAAGUGGGAAGUACCCAAAGUGGUGCUGAACGAUCGACAACAACUCAGCCCAUAGUGGUCUACACAGCUGAUGGCAAACCCUCAGAUCCCCAGCAUCCCCCAGCAGUAGUGUCUGGGGGAUUCCCAUUAGCUGGUGGUGCUUACUACCAACCCCUCCCAGGAACUCUUAUGACAUCAGUGCCUCCUGGCCAAACAUUUGUACAGGGCACAGUUGUGCCACAAGGCUCUGUAGGAAAUGGUUUGCUUGUUGCUGCAGUUGGUUUUGUCCCUGGUAGACAACCUCCAUUUGUUCAGCCUGGAAUGUUGUACAAUCCAUCUCCGGUGGAAGUUGUGCCAAAGGCAGCUGGUGACGGAAAGGCUGAGGAAUAUCCACAAAAGCCUGGAAGAACAGACACACGAGCAGAACUAUCACAGCCGGAUGCUAAGCGAGCAAAAGCUGCUGACACAGAAGUAAAAUAGAGUUUAUUUAUAAAUGAGCUCUUGAACAUGAAAUAACUUUUACUAAAAGAGAUAUAUAGUUAUAAUAUUAUUAAUAAGGAAGCUCUUCCUUUAACUUGUAUUUAUUUCAGAUCAGACUAACUUGAAAAGUUGUCUUGCAUCGUUUGUUGAGACGUAAGCUCCCACUAUCAGCUUUAAUUUCAGAGAAACACAAUUUGUAUUUAAUAUUGUUUUGCUCCUUUUCACAUGUGAUCCGCCUUUUCAUUGAGUGAUUUAAUUUAAGUAAAAAUGGCACAUCUAGUUUAAAGUGUAUAUUUUAUAACAAAGAGUUUGUAGUUAUUAUAUAGCUUACUUUAAGGAUAAGAAAUAUACAUGUAGGAAAAAAAUAUUAUUUGUUGCAUUACAAGGUUGUUAAUUGGAUAUUUAAAAAGUUGGUAAAGUAGCAUUUUUCCUCAUACGUAUGUCUGCAAGCGGUUUUCAGUCAAGAAACACUGUCAGUGGUGGUUUUGUGAAAGAAUUUAACAUCUAAUAUUAGCUUUUUCAACGUUGUUGCAAUUACUUUGAAAACAAGGUAUAGUGUGUUGCUUUUGGUAUGAAAAUAGAUUUUUCUUCUCACUUGAAUAAAACUCAUUUUCACAGGAAAGGUUCUCCUUUUUUUGGAACUCAAAAAAGCCUAGCUUGUGGAAUUCAUUUCUUGCGUAAAUUGGACCAAAAUUAAAGCAGUAAAGUUUUAGACAAGAAAUCAGUGACAACCUUCUCAGACAAACUAAUUAGCUUCCUCUCAAUAUAAAUUUUUAUGUUCCUAAUACAAUUAACUGAGAUUGAUGCUAUCUGGAUAUUUAGCAAUUUUUUAUCCCAAAGUUAGGUAUUAUGGCGUGAGAACAAAGCUGAAAAACCUUUUGGCAUUGGGAGUUAUAGCAAUGUGGUAAUCAUUUGUUACUAAAAUUGAGGAAUGAGCCACAGUGACCUGAUUUUUCUUGUAUUUCUCUUAAAAAAUUUAGUAUACGUGUCCUCAGAGCUGCAAAUUAAUAUAAGCCUUGCAGAUUAUUUAAGCUUAAUUCAGGUCAUUGUAGCUCGUUUUAUGGGGGCACCCUGAAGCUCAUUCUUACUAUGAAAGGGCAGAGUGAGGUUCAAUUCAGCCACAAAAGCAGUGGAAGUUAAAAAAAACCCUUAAAUACUGAUCGAGUUAGACAACAUUAAAUUCCCACCACUAAUAAUUAUUAUUGAUAACCCCUAUGCCAAUGGAGAAACACAAUUAUAAUUCAAUAUUUUGUUGGAAAAAGUAUGUUUUAGUUUUCAGUAAAAAAAAAUCAUUAAGUUCAUCCAUUUAUUUCUUGAUCACAUGUACUGGCUAACGCAAUUACUUAUCAGUAGUACACACAAUGCAUCCAUACGUUAGUUGUCUUAAUGUCUGAAUAACACCUAGUGGCCAUAUUUGAUUUGGUAGCAAAUGAUUACUACAGGGUGAGUGGGCAAGAAACCUAUUUUGUUAUCAACAGUCUAAGGCAAGUAUUAAAAUGAAACCAUGUACAUGGCUCAAACUAAGAGAGAGAUUAUUUUAAUAUCCACAUUAACAAGCUUUACCGUUGUGACCGCUAAAACUUAGCCUGUGUGAGUUGCAAGCUUUUCCGUAUUGUUGGAUUUAACAUGUAUAAAAAUACUACUGUCGUAUUCAACCAAAUAAGGGGUGGAUGUCAAUGUCUCUUACCAAUAUGUGUAGAGAUAAAUGUACAAUACUUUAAAGUUAUUUAUUUAAUACAACUUCAACUUGAG